UUUUUUUGUUUUAAUAAAACAAACAUUUAACAAAGAAUAUGCUGAAAGUAUCAAUUUUCUUUAUUACAAUUAUUUUGACAAUAUUGUUGGAGAACAGCCAUGGGAAAGGUUGUCGUGCACUUGGUGAAAAAUGUAGUAAAACUGUUUUUGAUCGAUGUUGUGGCGAUACAGCAUGUCAAUUAUCUUCACCAUUUCAUGGUAAAUGUGUUAAAUGUUUAAAAGAGGGUACAUUAUGUGUAUCCGAUAAAAAUUGUUGUUCCCAUAAAUGUAAUAUAGGCAAAUGUACAAAAGAAAAACAUCAUUAUUAAACUGAAUAUCAUUUCAAUUAAUGCAUUAAAAUGAAUUCAAACUUUUCAAUAUUGUUCAAUAAUAACUUUAAUAUUUACAUUUACUUAGUAUUGUUUGUUUGUUUGCUUGUAUCUCUC